AUGACGCCGCUUGCUUUUGCGGGCUUCGCGGCGGCCCGCGUAGCGCCGGCGCCGCAUACCUCGCGAGUCGCCCACCUGCUGAACGUCCGCCCGGGCUCCUGCCGCAUCCUCGUCGCCCUCACCACCGCCAAGGUCCUGGGCGCGCUCGCCACCUCCGCCGCCGCCGUCUCCCUCCCGAUCCUGUUCCCGCGCCUGCUCCGCCUCAAGGUCCGCGAGUCCUUCCUCCGCACCAAGGAGCGCCAGCUCGGCCGCGACCUCGCCACCGGCGUAUCUGUUGGAAAUGCUCAGCUGCUAGCUUUUCCUGGUAGAUCAUCAAGUCUUAAGAGCACCCAGUUUCAUAUUAAGACGAAUCGUUUUCCUGCAAGAGCUCUACGUGUUGGUACUGAUUCCAUUCAUCAUGGCAUGCCUACAUCAUUCCCGAGGGAGAAUUCUGUCAGGGACAUCCCAUCACUAUCAAGACAGCACAAUCAGCAUCCAAGGUCUGUUAGUUGUCGGGCAUCCUCACUGGCAUCUUUCAGCUACCCUGAGCUGACAUCCAAACCGAGAUGGUGGUGGAGAACUCUAGCUUGUGUGCCGUACUUGCUGCCACUGCACAACAUGUGGUCUUAUGCCGACGUGAUCUACCAGCUGCACACUUACUUGCAGGGGUUUUCGCUGUUGUACACCUUCAUCGAUACCAUGACUCUCUGUCCUGGGUGGCUCUUUCUGGUGAUAUUUAUGACUGUGUACUUCUUCGUUGUGAGGCGGAAGUGGUCGCCGCACUUUCUGAGGUUCCAUGUGAUCCUAGCAAUCCUUCUGGACACUGGUUCCCAAGCGGUGGCCACCAUGUGUACCUGGAUGCCAAGCAUCGUUUAUCAGGGGAAGCCAAUGCAGUACUUCUGGAUGUCUAUCGCAUUCAUACAGAUCUUCACAGUGCUCGAGUGUUUGCGGUGUGCUCUUUGUGGAAUGUAUCCUGAUGUCCCAUUCAUAUCCCACACCGCUUUUAUUCACUCUGAUCUGAAUCUGUUCAGAUAG